GUCCCACCAGGCAGAGCAAGAGAACCUCAGCCAUGCCCUGGGACUCCCAUGCGUGAAGGACAGAGGAGAAGGGAGAAGGAGUCCAUUGAGACGCACUGCAUGGGAUCCCUGCCACGCUUAUGAGCCUGCCACCCACUCAAGAUGGCAUCCAGCAACAAGAAUGGGAGCAGCCGCUCCAGCAGCAGCCGCCUGCAGAGCAAGAAGCCCCCCAACCUCUCCAUCGUGAUCCCCCCGCCCCGGGAGGCGGAGGAGGACGGCACCCACAAGGAGCCCUCCAAGGUGCCCAUCUAUCGGAAGAGCAAGAGCCUGCAGGAGCCGCGCUCAAAGGGAUGUGAGAACUCGGAGCGGCGGCCGGGCUUCCGCCGACAGACAUCUCUGUCCCAGAGCAUCCGCAAGGGCACGGCAGAAUGGUUCGGCGUCAGCGGCGACUGGGAGGGGAAGCGGCAGCACUGGCAGCGCCGCAGCUUGCAGCACUGCAGCAUGAGGUACGGCAAACUGAAGGCUGCCUAUCGCGACAUGGAGCUGCCCAGCCAGGAGGUGCCCUCCUUCCAAGGCACCGAGUCACCCAAACCGGCCAAGAUGCCCAAGAUCGUGGACCCUCUGGCCAGGGGCCGUCCCUUCCGCCACCCCGAUGACACCGACCGUCCCCAUACGCCCCACCACGUCCUGCCCCCCCACACCCCUGGUGUCACGUCGCUGGCAUCCCUGGGCAGUGCCCGCUCUGCUUACAGCCGCCUGCCGCGCCGCAAGAGGCUCUCCGUGGCGCACAUGAGCUUCAGGGCGGCCGCCGCGCUGCUCCGUGGCCGCUCUGUCUUGGAGCCUCUGACUGAGAAGCAGAGGAGCACCAAGAGGAGCUUCAUGUACCCCAGCUUCAUGGAUGAGGACGUGGUGGAUACCGCUGACACGCUGGACUCCUCCUUCUUCAGUAAGAUGGACACGCACGACGAGACCUAUUCCAUGCCAGAUGACGUCUUCGAGUCACCACCACUCUCAGCCACGUAUUUACGCAUGCACUCGGUGGGGGAGGAUGUCAGGGCAUCCCCAGAGGUGGAGCAGACCGCACUACGUGAGGGUGCCCGUCUCGCUGCUGCCUCAGCUGGCCCGGCCCCCCAGAGGGGCAGACGCAUCGCUUCCAAAGUGAAGCAUUUUGCCUUCGACCGCAAGAAACGCUACUAUGGACUGGGGGUGGUGGGGCAGUGUCUGAACAGGACGUACCGCCGCAGCCUCAGCAGCAUCGUGCAGUCGCAGCUGGAGAUCACCGACAGCCACCGGCCGUAUUUCACCUACUGGAUCACCUUUGUCCACAUCAUCAUCACCUUGCUGGUCAUUGGCACCUACGGCAUCGCUCCCAUUGGCUUCACCCAGCACGUGACGACAGAGUUAGUGCUGAGGAACAAAGGUGUGUAUGAAAGUGUCAAGUACAUCCAGCAGGAGAACUUCUGGAUCGGGCCCAGCUCGAUCGACCUGAUCCAUCUGGGAGCCAAGUUCUCACCCUGCAUCCGGAAGGACCGCCAGGUGGAGCGGCUCAUCCAGCGCGAACGGGACCGGGAGCGGAACUCUGGCUGCUGCGUGCAGAAUGACAAAUCGGGCUGCAUCCAAACACUGCCGCAGGACUGCUCGGAAACGCUGGCGACGUUCAUCAAGUGGCCCAACAACAACACGCCGACCAUGGGCUCCGGUGAGAAGCGCACGUCGGGGGCUGUGUGUCACCAGGACCCCAGGACGUGUGAAGAGCCGGCCUCAAAUCCCCCCCAUGUGUGGCCAGAUGACAUCACCAGGUGGCCGAUCUGCACCUACGAGACCAAAACCAACCACACGGGCCUCCCUCACAUGGACUGCCAGAUCAAGGGCAGGCCGUGCUGCAUCGGCACCAAGGGCAGCUGUGAGAUCACAACACGGGAGUACUGCGAGUUCAUGCACGGCUACUUCCACGAGGAGGCAACUCUCUGCUCACAGGUGCAUUGCCUGGAUGAAGUCUGUGGCCUCCUGCCCUUCCUCAACCCGGAGGUCCCCGACCAGAUCUACCGCCUGUGGCUGUCCCUGUUCCUGCAUGCAGGCAUCAUCCACUGCCUGGUGUCAGUGACCUUCCAGAUGACGGUGCUGCGGGAUCUGGAGAAGCUGGCAGGCUGGCUCCGCAUCUCCAUCAUCUUCAUCCUUAGUGGCAUCACAGGCAAUCUGGCCAGUGCCAUCUUCCUACCGUACCGGGCAGAGGUGGGCCCUGCUGGGUCUCAGUUCGGUUUGCUGGCUUGCCUUUUCGUGGAGCUCUUCCAGAGCUGGCAAGCGCUGGAGAAGCCGUGGAAAGCCUUGCUCAACCUCUCCGGCAUCGUCCUCUUCCUCUUCAUCUGCGGCCUCCUGCCCUGGAUCGACAACAUUGCCCACCUCUUCGGCUUCCUCAGCGGCCUGCUGCUCUCCUUUGCCUUCCUGCCCUACAUCACCUUUGGCACGAUGGACAAGUACCGCAAGCGGGCCAUGAUCAUCGUGUCCCUGCUGGUCUUCCUGGGCCUCUUCACCUCGCUGUUCAUCUGGCUGUAUGUCUACCCCAUCAACUGGCGCUGGAUCGAGUACCUCACCUGCCUGCCCUUCACCAGCAAGUUCUGCGAGAAGUACGAGCUGGAGCAGGUCCUGCACUGACCCACGGAGGGGCUGCGGAGCUGGGACCGGCCUGCUCGGGGCCUCCAGGCCUUCCUAACCCCAGGACAGCUUGUGGGGUGAGGCAGCAGCCGGGCCCAGCAGUGCCAAUCCUACUGUGAACACAACCCCCCUUUUUGCAGGGGCGCUUUUGUACCUAUGGCUCUUGGUCGUGUCCAUCACCUCGGGGCUUACAGGGGCUCAGUGGCCACGCUCUGGUUCAUCCCUUUCUCCAACCUGUCCCAGUGGGAUGGGGUCCUCCAGCACUUCUCAGCCUUUGGGAUUUUUUAAUUUUGGGAGGCUGGAGGUGUUUUCCUGAAUGGGCUGUGGGGGGACCCUGGUGGUUUCCACAGUGGAGGACUCUGGAGGUUUGGUUUUUUUUUCCUCUUGGUUUGUUUGGUUUUUUUGCAGCUCUGACACACUCAGAGCUAAGGAUUGAAGAUAUUUUUCAGCCCCCUGUUUGCUCCCCAGGGGCUCAGGAGCAAAGCUGUGCUCCUCAUGGUGGGCUCCUCACUGGGUGGGAUGGGGGUGCUGCUUUUUCCCCUCAUCUCAGUGAGGUUCCCCCUGUAAGUGGAACACUGUGCUGGUAUGUAAGAAUAGAAGAAAGCACUCCAGUGAUUUUGUUCGGCUCCUAUUGGAUCACCAGGGUGAGGCAGGGCUUGGCUCCUCAGGACCCCCUCCUGCUGCUGCUCUGGACCCACGGUGUCACCUCUUGUCCUUCAGGGUGUAAGCAGGUGACAUCCAGUGCUGUGUGUGACAGCGCUGUUCGCAGGAGCAGCACAAGUCCCUCAUCAAAACGAUCCAGGUGCUGGGGUCUCAGCCCCAUGUGUGCCCCCCCUGCUCUGCCGCAGGCCGGCUGCAGCCCCAUUCCUUGCUCCUCCGGUGCUGCUCCAGCCAAAGAUUGGCACCUCACCUCAGUUGUCUUUUUUUUUUUUUGAUACUUCUUUUUUUUUUAAAAAAAAAAAAAAAAGCUGUGGAAUUUUUUUGGACCCUGAAUAAAUUUCUACCUGUAUUUAACGAGA